AUGAAAGGUGCUGACAUCGGUGUAGGAUGGAUUGAUGAGACAGGCAAUAUAUAUAUUCAAGAUCGCUAUGCAUUCGCCAAUGGACGUCCUAUGGUUGAUAAUACCACAAUUGAUUGGUUUGCUCUUCAAGGUCAUGAAGUGAGCGGAUGGACAGCUAUUCAAUUCAAACGUUUACUAGACACUUGUGACAUCAUGGAUGUUCCAAUCAAGUCUGGUACCAAUCAUCUUAUUUUCGCUUAUGGUCUGACCGAUCCAAGUCCGUCAGGACCAAAUGGUGAAAUUUCUUACCAUGAAAAUCGACGCGAUUCACGUGCUCUUUCUCUUCGAUCAUAUGCUGAUUCACCAUCCGAAGAUACAUUUGCUGAACUAGACUACUUCGAUUUUCGGUUAAAUAACCAUAAGAUAAUUAUUGAUUCUGCCAAUGAAGAUCUUGUGCAUCGUAUACUGAUGUAUGAAUGUCAUCCAACAGCUCAAUUUGAUGAUAAUAACUUGCCUGACGAUUUGUGUGAUGCAAUUCAUCGACAAACAGCACUGUGUGUACAUAAUGUUGCCAUUCUCUGGGAUGUCGGUGGUGAUUACAUGGUUGCACUUCCAGAAGAAGCUGGCUAUCCAGUUGGAGGUGAUUUUCCCAUCAAAUAUUAUAUGGUUAAUAUACACUAUAACAAUCCCAAUCGACUUUCGGAUCGUACGGAUAGUUCAGGUCUUCGCCUUUACAUCGGCAAAGAACUUCGUCAAUAUGACCUUGGUGUUUUGGCUUUGGGCACUAAACCAAGCCCGGCUGCUCUUGCUAUUCCACCGAAAGUGGAACGAUUUAUUGUUGACUCGUACUGUUCGGCGACUGCUACAACGAAUUUUCCUAAAGAGGGCAUCACAGUUAUUUCUGCUAUUCCACAUAUACAUAUGCCAGGUCGAAGAGUAUGGACAAAAUUGAUUCGAAACAAAACAGCUGUACAAUAUUUACCCGAUAGAGGAGCGUUUGAAUUUCAUUAUCAAUAUGAAUAUCGUUUACCACAACCCAUCAAAUUAUAUAGGGGUGACGAACUCGCUACAAGAUGUAUCUACAAUACUAUGAACAAGAAUACAAUCACUUUGGGUGGUAAAAGUACCAAAGAUGAAAUGUGUCUUCAUGUAAUGAAAUACUAUCCUCGAAUGAAUAAUAUGUAUGUUUGUUUGAUGAUGAAUAGUCCACAAAUAUGGAAGUCAAUGAUGAACAUUUCUUCGUUAGUUUAUUUACAUCGACAAUUAGUUCUUGCUUUUAUUAAUGUGUAUUUAGAUCGUCUUUCGACGAUUCUAAAUUAA